UCAGUGGCGUGGUGGAGCUUGUUUUCGUUGCAUUUGCCGUCCGUUUCUGUUUCUCAUUUUUCCCCAUCAAGAAAACCAAGUAAUGGAGAGCGAUUCAGAGAUGGUGCCAUUUCCAUUGCUGAAAACUCCCAUCGAAUCAAACUAUAGGCCGUGCACCAUUCCCUACAGAUUCCCUUCUGACAAUCCUCGAAAGGCUACCCCUACUGAAAUUGCCUGGAUGGACACCUACCUCAACUCCAUUCCCUCUUUCAAGAACAACGCUGCGAGCGGUACUACUGUGGCUGAUGCUUCAGCUAAAGCUGAGAAAUUUGCUCAAAGGUAUGCUGAGUUACUUGACGAUAUCAAGAAAGAUCCCGAAAGCCAUGGCGGGCCCCCUGAUUGUAUUCUUCUCUGCCGACUUCGUGAACAGGUUCUUAGAGAAUUAGGAUUUAGAGAUGCAUUCAAGAAAGUCAAAGAUGUAGAGAAUGCCAAGGCUAUCUCCCUAUUCCCAGAUGUAGUUCGUCUUAAUGAUAAUAUUGAAGAUGGAGAGAAGCGCCUGGAGAAUCUAGUUAGAGGAAUAUUUGCUGGAAACUUAUUCAAUCUUGGUUCUGCAGAGCUUGCUAAGGUUUUCUCGAGAGAUGGAAUGCCCUUCUUGGCUAGUUGUCAAAAUCUUGUUCCUCGACCUUGGGUCAUUGAUGACUUAGACACUUUUAUAGCGAAAUCAAGCAGGAAAUCUUGGAAAAAGGCAAUCAUAUUUGUCGAUAACUCUGGUGCAGAUGUGAUCUUGGGUAUUUUGCCAUUUGCAAGAGAGUUGCUAAAACGUGGGACCCAGGUUGUCUUGGCAGCUAAUGACUUGCCUUCCAUCAAUGAUAUAACUUACCGUGAAUUGGUUGAAAUUUUAUCAAAGUUGAAGGAUGAAAGUGGUAUGCUUGUUGGUGUUGAUACUAAAAAACUUUUGAUUGCCAAUUCUGGUAAUGAUUUGCCUGUUAUUGAUCUUACGAGAGUAUCACAGGAGCUUGCUUACCUGGCGAGUGAUGCAGACCUAGUUAUUUUGGAAGGCAAUGGUCGUGGAAUAGAGACUAAUCUUUAUUCUGAGUUCAAGUGUGAUUCAGUCAAGAUCGGAACGGUAAAACAUCCGGAAGUUGCCCAGUUUCUUGGGGGCCGACUGUACGAUUGCGUCUUUAAAUACAACGAAGUUUAGGGUUGAUAAAUUUGUUUGAUCUCGGUUGCACUUGAAGUUGAUACUCAGCUCGUAGGGACAAGAAACUUGGGUUUGAACAUCAAGAGCUCUCACUUAAAUCAAACAAUGAAAUGUGAAAACCAGUUACAUGCGCUUCAUUC